AUGUCACUGAUCCUGUUUGCCUUUGUAGUUCGGGUCAGGGACGGACUCCCUCUCUCAGCCUCCACAGACUUCCAACAUGGCCGUGAACUUCAGGAGAGGAAACAGCAGCUGAAAGUCAUUUCCAAAGCAUUACCCUCACUCCCAGACAGAGGGAUGGUCAGGGGCCAUGAACUCCACAUCUACUUCCUGUCGUCUGAGGGCGUGUCCUACAUGACCGUAUGCUCCCGCUCUCUCCCCGCUGCUGUCGCCUUCUGCUUCCUGGAGGACCUCCGCUGGGAGUUCACCGUCUGCUUCGACGGCUCUGCGGUUGCCCUGGCAACCAGGCCCUAUCCCUUUUUGGAAUUUGACAGCGUCAUUCAGAAGCUGAAGCAGCACUAUAACCAGAGCGGGGGUCCGUCUCUGGCGGUGACCCUGACGGAGGUUCAGGAGGAGCUGAAGAUCAGUCCCCCGCAAGUCCUCACCAUGGACGACCUGGAGCUUCCAAACGCAGCUGCCAACGGACACGUUGAGCAGACGCCCGGAUCAGGUCCGAACCAGAGACUGGAGCCGGUCUCAGCUCCCGGGAUUCUGUCUCUGGUCCUCAACAUCAUGUGCGCCGCCCUGAACCUCAUACGAGGGGUCCACCUGAUGGAGUACACCUUCCAGGACGAUUAUGAUGGGCUGUGGAAUGUGGUGGCGUUUCUCGUGGCUUUUGUGUGCUGCGUUUGCCAGUGUCACCUUUACCUGUUCCACUCGUCGCUCAAGAGGCUCAAGUCCUUCGCUCUGCUGACGCUCAUCGUCGCGUGCAACCUCUUCCUCUUCGGCCCGAGGAACGCGUGGCAGGUGCUUUUUCACGUGGGCGUGGCCUCCCUCUCCACCCUGCUCAUCCUCCACCGCAGACUGCUGGACAGGAGCGCGGACUGCGGGGUCUGAGCGCCGGUGCUGCCCACGCGGGAUCCCGGGGUAGGACGGGGCGAGCGACGCGCGAACGGUGCGGCCGCUGCCCGCGGCGACGAAAGGACUGUGUCAUA